GGGAUAAGUCAUUACACAGAUUAAAACGAAAACAAACAUGUCUUCGUUUUCGGACAGCAAUCUCGCUAAGAAAUUAAACGAAUUAAAUGGCACACAGCAAAGUAUACAGACGCUAUCUCUGUGGCUGAUCCAUCACAGAAAGCAUUCCAAAACGAUUGUACAAGUUUGGCUUCGAGAACUGAAGAAAGUAACUCCGCCACGACGACUCAUCUACAUUUAUCUCGCCAAUGAUGUCAUACAGAACAGUAAAAAGAAAGGACCUGAAUUUACACAUGAUUUUGGGACAGUUAUGGCAGAAGCGUUUACCACAGGAUACAAGGAUGCUGGAGAAAAGCAGAGAGGAUCUCUUGACAGAAUUCUCAACAUUUGGGAAGACCGCGGUGUAUAUACGAAAGACUUUAUGAAGAAUCUCAGGCAGGGAAUAGCAAGUGGACAGACAGCUACACAUACUGCACACAUAAAAGAUGUAUUCAAGGAGGACAUAUUAGCACCUAGAAAGGAACCGAAUCCUAAAGAGGUGGCCCCAAAGGAGGUGAUUCCACGUAAGAGGAGAAGAAAAGAUGAACCAGAACAGACAUCAUUGAAACAAGAGCUGGAUGCAAUGAAGCAUGAUGAGCUAGCCACCCAUGAUAAUGAGUCGUUGAUAAAGCGUCUCUCAGCAUUGGAGAACUCGGCAUCGUGUGAUGCAGCUAUCAGGGAAAAGAUUGCAAAGUUACCACCGGAAGUCUCGGAUAUAUCACAGUUGGCUAAACUGCAUGAUAAGGAUUCUGCCCGCCGUCUUUCAAACACAGUAGACAAUGCCUGUGUUCUGCUCACAGACUAUAACAGAAGACUGGCAGAAGAGUUAGAGGAGAGGAAAGGUGUGGCAAAAUUGUUACGGGCUUUCAUAAAUACACAGACUGAACAGCUAGGUCAUGCUGAAAAACGUCUACAGGAGUACAAGAACAAACUAGCAAAGGUGAAUGUGGUCAGACAUGAAUUAAAGUCGCAUAUUCAGAACUUACCAGAUAUUUCACGACUACCAGACCCAUUAGCUGGCCUUGCACCUCUACCCAAAGUCAACGACCUCUUCGGACAUUGAUGAUACAGCAGAGCAGUAGAGUACAAAGAUGCAAUACUUGAAGUGCUGAAUUUGCCAUAUUUUAUCAAGGGAGAUAAGCAUGCUAGUCAUCUAUGGAGAGAUUAUCUUGUGAAUUAUCUCCCAUUAACAAGAAAUCAACAUUCCUGUAUCGGUGGAUUUUCAGCAAAAUCAAAAACAUAAAAUGUUGAUACUCAAAGAAAUUUGCACAGUUUGCAACUUUCAUAAAGCACACUGCAUAUUAUUUGUGAAAUUUAAGUGUUAUUUGUUUUUGAUAGAUGUUAUGAAUAUAAACUGAUCGAAAUUUGAUUUAGUGUCAUCAGAAUAAUUAUAUUAUUUCACACCUGUUUAUGACAUUAAACAUUAAAAUUGA